UCCUGGAAUAUGCUUCUUUACAGAGUUUUGACAGACACGUCAAAAGGGCGUCUCCGUGGCAACCGCGAGUCUAGAAUGGGACACAGGGGUUUCAGAGUCUGGACGGACCGUGGGUCGAUUAUAGCCGCUGAGGAGGCGCACAAUGUCGGACAAGAGCUUCGUUGUUUUUUGUGUUUAAACGUUAGAUUAGUUUCGUUCUCUGAAAUAAUGUCUAUUACUUUUUCCGGAAUGCUUUUUUCAACACAUGAAGCACGUUUUAGGACGUCACAGCGCUGUCACUGACACACGGUUUCUUUGCAAACUGUUCAAUGAAAACAUGAGAUGUAUGAACAGGAGCCCCAGACGAGAGGCUGGACACUAAGAAGUGAAGGAAAUUCAAAUGGCUGAACUCAACCGUGAGUUCAACCUGCUGUGAUAAAGAAGCAAAAGAAUCAGGAAAAACAGUGGAGUACAACAAUGGAGGAAAACCCCGAGAAACCUGCAAAAACUGAACCGAGUCCAGCACCCAGUCCAGCACCCAGUCCAGCACCCAGUCCAGCACCCAGCCCAGCACCCAGCCCGCUGCUGGAGAGAAUCACUCUUCCUACUGCAAAUCAUGUUGAGCAUCUCAACGUGAACCAGUUCCAGGUGGUGGUGCGGCGUUGCUCGACUCCAAAUGUAACAGAGGAGACGACCUAUUUUAUCCCUCGCCACCCUGUGGUGGAUGCUGGCACCAACACAGACCCACCUGUGGUCUGUUGCCCGCUGCUUCGCAAGCUUUGCCCAUGUCCGCCACGAGGCCUCCUUGCCUCUCUCAUUACCAAAGUUCUUUUGGCAGCUGUACUCUUUGGGGUGAUUGUGUCCAUCACCGAGAAGGAAUGUCUUCCUGGAGGGAAUCUGUUUGGCAUCACCAUACUCUUUCUCUGUGCGAUUGUCGGUGGCAAAGCAGUCGCCCUCAUCCAGCUGCCUACACUUCCACCAUUUCCACCGCUCCUUGGUAUGCUGCUGAUGGGCUUCCUGCUGAGAAACAUCCCAGUUGUAACAGAUUCGGUGUACAUUAACUUCAGGUGGUCUGCUUCACUGAGAAACAUUGCUCUGGCUGUCAUCCUGGCCAGAGCUGGCCUGGGGUUGGAUCCCAAGGCUCUGAGGAAGCUUAAAACCGUGUGUAUACGUGUAGCAGCUGGGCCCUGCCUGAUCGAAGCCAGCACCGCUGCUCUCAUCUCUCACUUCCUCAUGGGCUUGCCCUGGGAGUGGAGCUUUAUUCUUGGCUUUGUUCUGGGCGCCGUGUCCCCGGCCGUGGUGGUGCCCUCGAUGCUUCGGCUGCAGAAGGAUGGAUACGGCGUGGAAAAGGGUAUCCCCACCCUGCUGAUGGCGGCUGGAAGCUUUGACGACAUUCUCGCCAUCACAGGGUUCACCACAUGCUUGGGCAUGGCCUUCGCAGAAGGAUCCACUCUGUAUAAUCUCCUGCGAGGUGUCCUGGAGGUUGGAGGAGGGAUGGUUGCUGGGACCCUCCUUGGCUUCCUUAUUCAGUACUUUCCAAGUGCCGACCAGGAACACCUGGUGAUGAAGCGUUCCUUCUUGGUGCUGGGUCUGUCUGUCUUUGCUGUGUUCGGCAGCAACGUGGCAGGGUUUCCCGGCUCGGGGGGCCUCUGCACCCUGGUGUUAUCUUUCCUGGCUGGACUUGGCUGGGGGGACGAAAAGGCCCGUGUGGAGGAAGUGAUUAGUUGGGCAUGGGACGUGUUUCAGCCUCUCCUGUUCGGACUGAUAGGAGCUGAGAUUCGAGUCAAUGAGCUGGAGGGACUUGCAGUUGGUCUGGGUAUAUCCUCCAUGCUUAUUGCUGUGGUAAUUAGAGUACUCUUCACUUUUGUGUGUGUGUUACACGCGGGCUUCAACUUAAAAGAAAAAGUGUUCAUAGCUCUUGCUUGGAUGCCCAAAGCAACAGUGCAGGCAGCAAUAGGCUCCACGGCUUUAGACAUGGCCAGAGCAAAGGGCAACAAGGAGCAGAUAAAGUACGGCAUGGACGUGCUAACUGUGGCCGUGCUCGCCAUCCUUCUUACGGCCCCGGUAGGGGCUUUGAUUAUCGGGAUCUUGGGGCCUCGCCUGCUGGAGAGACCUAAGACCCCCACCUGUGGUGAGCGAGUCAAACCCAGUUUAUCAGCAUUUUUCUUAGGCACCGCGGCAGGAAGUGAAGAUGACACCAAAACUCCUGUCACCUUCGAGAGUACACUCUGACAUCUUGAUCUAAUAAAGAGACCUCCAACGUCAGUUGUUUCAGCUGCUUUUAGCCACCGAGUGGCUCUCUCGUUGCUCAACUCUUUAUGCUGGAAUCAGCCUGUAUUUAUAGCAGCAGGUGGUUUCCAGGCACUGAGCUCCAAACACAUUUCCAUUGCCCUGCUGUGUGCAUUCAUGCUCUAUGAACUUUACACCAGAGCUGCUUUAGUGUCGAGCUUGAACUGAACAUUUAUUUAGAUAUCCUGUAAUUAGCAUGAGGCAAUUAAACAGUUUACAAGUUUUGUAAAUUGGUAAUGUUUCUUGCCAUAUUCAAAGUAUCCAGUGGUUCUGUUUCCUACUUCCAGUAAACGGUACUUAAACUGAAAUGGUAGUGCUUAACAUAAGGAUGUGUGUUUUACAAAGUGGUGACAUGGUGUGUGGUUGAAUGUAUUUUUAGAGGAAGCCAUCCAGAAUCCACAUUUUUAAAUCUUUUUUUAUUUUAAUGCUGUAUGUUUGUGCUGGGUUUUUUUAUGUUUGUCAUUAGGAUGUGUGUGGAUAAUUUUUGUGAUUUAGUUUACAACUCAGAAGAUAUUGAUGUCACACUUUAUUUGGAGUUAUACAGAAUGCUGCUUAAACUCAGCUUCAUGCACUGUGGUCUAAAAUCCCACAUCGACUUUGAAGUUUAUCUGAACUUUAAUGUGAUUGUAUAUUUUUAGAGAUUAUGAACAAAUUUUAUGUCUGUUAAGUGUUUGUUUUUUACUACAGAAAUAUGCAGUGUGCUGUUUUUAAUUUGUUUACAUUUUCAUUGAGUAACUGAAAAGAUUACAAAUUAAGACACUAUUUAUGAAUUUACAGUAUUAGAUUUUUACCGAACAAUAAAUGAUCACAUUUUCA